AUAUAACGGCGUAUGGACUCCUCUGUCUCUCACACGGUCAUCACCCCUUCCUCUUCUUCCCAUUUUCUUCUUCAACCUCCACUCAAAUUUCAAACCAUCUUUAAUUUUUGUUCUUCCUUAAUUAUUUCCAUUAAUUCUUUCUUUUAGGUCUAGUUGUGCUGCCUAGCUCUUUUUCCGCUGAUUGUUGUUUUCAUUUCUUGUGAAGUUUUCGGCGUUUUUUUUUUUUUUUUUUAAGGGUUUAAUUAGCCUUCAUUUCAAGUUUCUUUGUUUGUGAAGAGCUCGAUUCUUGGGCUGUUUUUUUUCCCGGUAUGGAGGUCUCUGUGAUUGGAAGUUCUCAGGCAAAGAGCGGGAGGACCAGUUUGGGAUUUUGGGAACUGAGGUUUGGUAAUCCGUCGGCCAAGUUUUUCGGUCGGAGGAACCAGAUCUGUUUCGGUCAGAGCACUAGAUGGAGAAGGGCGGCUGGGAUUCGAUUCACUUUGAACGCCGUCCAAACAGAAGCGCUCAAAUCGGAGAAAGUUGUGAGAGGCAAUACGUCUACGUUGGCUACCAGAUCCAAAGCAAUUGAUGGUGUGAGACUGUAUGUGGGGCUGCCCCUGGAUUCUGUAUCAGAUUGCAAUACACUAAAUCAUGCGAGAGCAAUCGCAGCAGGUUUAAAGGCUUUGAAGCUGUUGGGUGUGGAUGGUGUGGAGCUCCCUGUCUGGUGGGGAAUAGCUGAGAAAGAAGCCAUGGGGAAGUAUGAGUGGUCUGGCUACCUUUCUCUUGCUGAGAUGGUCCAAAAAGUGGGUCUUAAGCUUCAUGUGUCGCUCUGUUUCCAUGCAUCCAAAGAUCCGAAAAUUCCACUCCCUGAAUGGGUGUCUAGGAUCGGAGAAACCGAGCCUAGCAUCUUCUUUACAGAUCGGUCUGGAAAGCAGUAUAAAGAUUGUUUGUCUUUGGCUGUUGAUGACCUUCCUGUUCUAAAUGGGAAGACUCCAGUCCAAGCAUAUGAAGAGUUCUGCGAGAGUUUUAAGUCUUCAUUCUCGCAGUUUAUGGGUUCCACAAUCACGGGCAUUUCAAUGGGUCUAGGACCAGACGGUGAACUUCGAUAUCCUUCUCACCACAGGCUAGCAAAGGGUAGUAGAAUACCUGGAGUUGGAGAAUUCCAGUGUUAUGAUAAAAACAUGCUUCACAUUCUCAAGCAACAUGCUGAUGCCACUGGAAACCCUUAUUGGGGCCUUGGCGGCCCCCAUGAUACGCCUAACUAUGAUCAGUCACCAAACUUGAACAAUUUCUUUAAGGAGCAUGCAGGAUCAUGGGAGACUCCCUAUGGUGACUUCUUCCUUUCCUGGUACUCAAACCAGCUCAUUUCUCAUGGAAACCGCCUCCUUUCUGUUGCCUCCACAGUUUUCAGCGACUGUCCGGUGAAGAUUUCUGGGAAAGUUCCACUGAUGCACUCGUGGUAUAAAACCCGGCCACAUGCUUCUGAGCUGACAGCCGGUUAUUAUAACACGGGCAACAGAGAUGGUUACGAAGCAACUGCUGAGAUGUUUGCAAGGAGUUCAUGCAAAAUGAUCUUACCAGGAAUGGACCUUGCAGAUGAACACCAGCCAUCUGAAUCCCUUUCAAGUCCUGAGUUAUUACUGGCACAGAUCAAGAAAGCCUGCCGAAAGCACGGUGUGGAAGUUUCUGGGCAAAAUUCAUCUGUUUCGGGAGCCCCCGGGGGUUUUGAGCAGAUUAAGAAGAAUUUGGUAGGAGAAAAUGCAGUGAUGGACUUGUUCACUUACCAAAGGAUGGGAGCUUAUUUCUUCUCCCCAAAGCAUUUUCCUUCAUUCACCGAGUUUGCCCGCAAUUUUAAUCAACCGGGACUUCAUUCGGAUGAUCUGCCUGCGGACGAGGAAGAACCCCUCAAAUCUCCUUGUGUGAAUCCAGAAUCAGGCAAGAGUCUGAGGAUGCAAGCAGCUUAGUAAAGAUAUUUUCAUAUUUAUGUUCAAUGUAAAUAUGGAAUCGUGAUAUACACAUAGUUAUCGUGGAUUUGAAGAGGUUUGUAUCACAUGGUUCUGUUGGAUUGGAAGAGAUUGCAUUGUACACAAUGUAUGUGUUGGAUUCGAAGAGGUUGCAUUGUACACAAUGUUUCCGUUGGAUUUGAUGAGAUUGUACUGGAUCAAAUAUAUAUAAAACAGAUUCUAGGUAAGCCCUUUCUGGUUUACCAUCAAAGAAACAA